AUUGCGCAGGAGAAAUACAAAUGUUGUCACUGCCGAUUAUUAAUUUUAGAAUCCGUGAUAACUAGAGCUUUCAGUCAUAUUUUUGUUUAUAAGAAAACAUCAUUCUCUUCAUGAGGGACAAGCAGCUGCUCCGUCUUCUUUCCUGAAUGGGAUUACUCAGCGCCAUUCAGAUUUCCUUAAGGACCGCAAGAUGCCGUUUGUGCCAACUUCCCACAUCCAAGUCAUGGUUUUCCACAAAAUCCACCCCACUAGGGGGCAAAAACAUUCUGCUGAUGGGUCCGCCCGGAGCAGGGAAGACAACAGUUGGGAAAAUUGUGGCCAACAAACUGGGCCUGCCCGCCUUAGACGUCGAUGACGAUGUCUUAGAGCCGGCAUGGAAGAUGCCGGUUGCAGCCAAGUUAGCAGAGCUCGGAGGAAGACGUUUCCUGGAGGAGGAAGGCCGGACUUUGAGCAAUUUCUCUGCAUCUGGGUGCAUCGUUUCCCUGACAGGCUCCAAUCCCCUUCAUGGCGAAGCUAUGCAGCACUUGAAGCAGAACGGGGUCGUGGUUUACCUGGACGUGGACAGCCGGGACAUCAUGGAGAGACUCGGCAGGAUGGAGGUUAACCGGAUAGUGGGCCAAGAAGACGGGGUGUCCAUGAGAGACAUUUUGCUGUACAGGAAGCAGAUCUAUGAGAAAUGGCUGGAUGUGAGGGUGUUUUGUGGGAUGGGAGACACAGUGGAGGAAGUGGCAGAGAAGGUUUUGAAGGCAGUGGAGAGAUAUCUGGAACACGAUGAGGAGACUUAUGCUUCAACCCGGAGUGGCGGCUCAGAAUCACCCGAUCGAAAAACAUAUUUCAGUGAUGUGGUUAUAGAGGGCCUGGCUGCAGAUGGAGGUCUUUAUGUUCCCAAGAAAGGCUUUCCAGACGUUCCUAAAGGCGAAUGGCUCAGAUUAAUUUCCAUGUCAUACCCAGAGAGAGCUUCUGUUUUGCUGGAAAAGUGCAUCCACCCGCUGGACGUCUCUCCUCUGGACCUCAGGAGUAAUGUAUUUAAGGCAUAUGGAGACAAUUUUUCCAGUGACAGAGUUGCUCCUGUGAAGCAUCUUGUUAAAAAUCAAUACAUCCAAGAGCUUUUCCACGGUCCAACCGCCUCGUUUAAAGACCUCGCCUUGCAGUUGAUGCCCCAACUCUUCGCCCACUGCCUCCCACCAAUGUGUAACUUCCUCAUCCUGGUCGCCACGUCCGGGGAUACAGGCAGCGCCGUCCUGAGCGGCUUCAGCCGACUGAGCGGCGCCGACAGACACCGAACAGGAGUGUUGGUGUUUUUCCCAGAAGAAGGAGUGAGUGAGGUCCAGAAGCUGCAGAUGACGAGCUUCAGGGAAGGGAACGCCAGAGCAGUUAGCGUCCUGUCAGACUUUGACUUCUGUCAGAAGAGCAUCAAGAGGAUGUUUGGCGAGUCGGGGCUGAUCGGGCAUCUCGCUGUGGAGUACGGCACCGUCCUCAGCACCGCCAACUCCAUCAACUGGGCACGGCUAUUACCUCAGGUUGUUUAUCACUCUUCCUGCUAUUUGGAUCUGUGCAGAGACGGUGUGAUUAACUUUGGAGAUCCUCUGGAUGUUUGUAUUCCUACUGGGAACUUCGGUAAUGCCAUGUCAGCGUUGUACGCCAAGCAAAUGGGCAUCCCGAUAAGAAAAGUCAUCUGUGCGUCCAACCACAACCGAGUCGUGUCGGACUUCCUCUCCACAGGCCAGUACGACCUCCAGGGUCGCCCCCUGCUGCUCUCCCACUCCCCCGCCAUAGACAUCUUGAAGUCCUCCAACCUGGAGAGGUUCAUCCACCACGUCUCAGGAGGAAACAGCUGCCUGGUCGACGACCUCUUCACUCACUUAGACGCGCAGAAACGCUUCCAGCUUCCUGAGGGUCUCCUCGGCAGGAUGCAGCAGGAGGUGCAGGCCGGCUGGUGCUCUGAGGAGGACUGCUUGGCCGCCAUCCAGGAGCUCCACAUUCAGACGGGAUACCUGAUGGAUACGCACACCGCCGUGGCGAAAGUGGUGGCCGAUCGGCUGCAGGAUGGAUCGUGCCCCACGGUGCUCUGCUCCACUGCGCACUACGGGAAGUUUGCUCCCGCCGUGUUCAAAGCUCUUCGGAUCCAGAAUGUUCCUCCGGAUCCCGUGGAGCAGCUGGAGCAGCUGGGAGCGGCCGCGUCCGAACCGGCAGCACACGGAGAGAUGAUGAGACGCCUGAGGCAGAGAGGCGGGAGCGGACGCAGAGCUCUUCAGGCAGAUUACAGCGUUCUGGUGGAGGAGGUGGAGAGCAUGAUGCAGGACUCCUUCCUCAAAGUGGCAUAGAUACUCCCAGCUUUACCUUAAAGCUGCAGCGUGUAACUUUUAUAAAGAAUCUAUUUGUUCCACAUAUGUUAAAACUGCCGCCAUGUCCUGACAGUUUAACAUGAGACGGAUAAUCUGUGAAAAGGUUUAACUCUUCAACCUCCUCCCUGAGCUACGAAUGUAGUCUGAAGAAAUGCUUCGUUCCCGACCAAAAACAACCGGUCAGAGCCAGGAGGAGGGGCUUAGCGCUGUUAGUCAAGCUUGUGAAUAUGUUGCUAACUGUGCUAAUGACAGAGAAACAACUUACCGUUACAGGAAAACCGUUUAUCCGCUGUUUAACCAGCAAUCAGAAAAUAUGUUUCUGUUACAUGACAGAUGUAAUAUAAUGGGUUUAAAUGUUUCCCAUGUGUUUUUCUUCUCUGAAAAACAGCAGCAAUAAAUCUCAGGCUCUGAAAGGAGUGAAGGGAUUAUUUACAUCCACAAGGGGGCGUCCUGAACUGUCUUACAUUAAAGACUGAGCAUGAAAGAGAAUUAAACCCAACAGUAUUGUUUUAGUGUAAUGUGGAAAAUAUGACAUCAGUUACAGACAGAAAAUGUAAAUUUUAACACUGUUUGUGGUUUGUGAUGGUAUAAAAAUAUAAUAAGCUCUUUGCUUGCUUGUGUUCUGUAUUGUUCAAUGAAUUGAGCAACUGCUAUGCUAACAGAUGACAUGAUGCAACAGUCCAGCUGACAGGAAGUUGCCACACUGAGCUGUUGUCUUGUAUAAUAAAACACAUUGUGUUGUUUUAUGCCA